GCCUUCUCUCUAUCUAUCUGACUUGAGAAAUCAAGAAGGGUUCACUCACUCGCCAGGGCUAGCACUGAGCAUUACGCUAGCUCUGGGUGCUUUAGGAGUUUGUUUAUCAUUGUGCCAACACCACAGCUCGCACAAUGAGGCUUAAGAUCGGAUUUAUCCUCCGGAGUUUAUUAGUAAUCGGCACGUUUUUGGGGCUGGUGUUGCUCUGGUCGUCUCUGUCUCCGAAACCGGACGAUGAACCCCCUUUCGGCAAACUCGAAGUAAGAAACGUCCCGAAUCCUCCGAACGAUGUCGGCGAUCAGUUCAAGGCUGUGGUGCCGUGGCCUCAUGUGGAAGGGGUGGAGGUGGACCUGGAGGCCAUCAGGCAGAGGAAAGGAGCAGAGAACCCGAACCCCAAGUUCAGAGCUCAGGACCAGCAGAACAUCAUUCAGAAGCAGUACAUCACAUUUAAACCCCACACUAAUGUCUACUCGGACCCGGUUCUGCGCAGAGGGAACAUGGGCAACUUCGAACCUAAAGAACCAGAACCUCCAGGGGUCCCCGGAGGGCCGGGAGAGGGCAGCAAGCCGUUCGUCCUGGGAGCCGAGUAUAAGGACGCUGUGCAGGCCAGCAUUAAGGAGUUCGGGUUCAACAUGGUGGCCAGCGACAUGAUCUCACUGGACAGGAGCAUCGGUGACCUCCGGCAUGAAGAAUGUAAGUAUUGGCACUACGACGAGAACCUGUUGACGGCGAGUGUGGUGAUCGUGUUCCAUAACGAGGGCUGGUCCACGCUAAUGAGAACCGUACACAGCGUCAUCAAGAGGACGCCUCCCAAAUACCUCGCCGAGAUCGUCAUGAUCGACGACUUCAGCAACAAAGUUCACCUGAAGGAGAGGUUAGAGGAAUACAUUAAGCAGUGGAACGGCCUGGUGAAGGUGUUCCGCAAUGAAAAGAGAGAAGGACUGAUCCAGGCUAGGAGUAUAGGAGCACGGAAAGCCACUCUGGGACAGGUGUUAAUCUACUUGGAUGCUCAUUGUGAAGUGGGUAUAAAUUGGUACGCUCCACUUGUGGCCCCCAUAUCCAAAGACCGAACAGUUUGCACAGUGCCUCUGAUAGAUUACAUAGACGGCAAUGAUUAUACGAUAGAGCCCCAGCAGGGAGGGGACGAGGACGGCCUGGCGCGGGGAGCCUGGGACUGGAGUCUGCUGUGGAAGAGAGUUCCACUCAGCAGCAAGGAGAAGAAGAAGAGAAAGCAAAAGACCGAGCCUUAUCGGUCUCCUGCGAUGGCCGGUGGGCUGUUUGCUAUAGAGCGAGAUUUCUUCUUCGAGCUGGGUCUCUACGAUCCUGGUCUCCAGAUUUGGGGUGGAGAGAAUUUCGAGAUAUCUUACAAGAUCUGGCAGUGUGGAGGACAGCUGCUGUUUGUUCCCUGCUCUCGUGUGGGACAUAUCUACAGGCUGAAAGGAUGGGCCGGAAACCCGCCCCCUGCUCAUGUUGGCUCCUCCCCCACACUGAAGAACUACGUGCGUGUGGUGGAGGUGUGGUGGGAUGAAUAUAAGGAUUAUUUCUACGCCAGCCGUCCCGAGACGCUCACCCUGGCUUACGGAGACAUCGGCCCUCUGAGGAAGUUCAGGGAAGAGCAUCGCUGCAAGAGCUUCAAAUGGUUCAUGGAGGAGAUCGCUUACGACAUCCCUGCUUACUACCCACUACCUCCCAAAAAUGUGGAGUGGGGCGAGAUCCGUGGAUUUGAAACCAGUUACUGCAUUGACAGCAUGGGACACACCAACGGGGGAAAUGUGGAGAUCGGACCCUGCCACAGGAUGGGAGGGAACCAGCUGUUCCGAAUAAACGAAGCGAAUCAGCUGAUGCAGUAUGACCAGUGCCUGACCAAGGGCUCGGACAACACCGUCAUCAUCACACACUGCAACCUGAAGGAGUACAUUGAGUGGAGGUACUUUAAGGAUCUGCACCGCUUCACGCACAUACCCACGGGAAAAUGCCUAGACCGCUCGGACGUCCUGCACACGGUCUUCAUCUCCGAAUGCGACCACAGCAAGAGCACUCAGAAAUGGGAAAUGAACAACAUCGUGGCCGUGUAAAGCCGAGGACGAUCGCACAGACAUGACUAAAAUCUUGCUGACCUUCUCCUGCACCAGGGGUUUAACUACGGAAACACAGCCGACGGGAAAGGCUUUUUUCUCUCAUCUCCAUUAAUGAGGCCAUGUUCUGAUAUUGCCAUCUUUAUUUUUAUAUGUAGAUAUUUUACUCCAUGGUGGAUGAUGUUUACAGGUUCAGUCAUCUGCGUUACAUGAAGACACACACACACACACACACACACACACACACGAAGAUGAGUGAUCUAACACCGCUGUUUUUAAUUCUUCAUUCAGACCUAGUGAGAAUUUUGUUUAACUUGACACUGGGCAUUUUUUUAUUUUUAUUUUUUUCCAGAGAGCUCCAAUUUUUUGAGAAUAUUCUGCUUUUUGGCACAACUUUAAAUCUGACAGCUGCUUUGUUUUUCCUUUUAUGGGGGGAAAUUGGGGACGAUGAAUAUAAUACAGAAAGGGCUUAUGGCUUAAGGCAGAGGGUAAUCGUGAAAAUAAUGGGAUAUAUUUAUUUAUUUUUUUUUUUUUAAUGUUGCUUUGACGUCUGCUUGGAAACAAGUAUGUUCGAUAAUAUUAUGUAUGUGAAAUCUUUUGAUUUAAAUUGAAGAAAAAUCACUGGAUAAGCACUAUUGAUGGUGAAAGGCAUGAGCAAAAAAAAAAUACACGGCGUGUAUGCUAUUUUUUGUACAAUGUAAAUACGAGCGUUUCUAAGUUAACAUUUUGAGAUGCAGUGGACCUCACGAUGAAGGUGUAAAUAUCUAACUUGUAAAAUGAUAGCACUGUUUUCUCAAGAGAAUAAAUCGAACCUUUUUAACCACUCGUCUAAAACGA